AUGGGCGUCGCCCGCCAGGCACGCGAUCGCAGCGACCAUCACGACCACGGCACCGACCAUGGCCACGACCACAGCCACAGCCACGGCCUCUUUGGCCACCACCACCACCACGACAACUCCUACCUCACCUCGGCCGACAAGAACGACCCCGGCGUGCGCAUAACGCGGAUUGGCCUGCUCAGUAACUUGGCCAUGGCCAUUGCCAAGUUCAUCGGCGGCUGGGCGUUCAACUCAAAGGCCAUGAUUGCCGACGGCUGGCACAGCAUCGCCGACCUCGCCUCCGACAUCCUCACGCUCGCGACCGUCUCGUGGAGCAUCAAGCCGCCGACCGACCGCUUCCCCCUGGGCUUUGGCAAGGUUGAGAGCCUGGGCGCGCUGGGCGUGUCUGGAAUGCUCCUCGUCGGCGGCUGCUACAUGGGCUUCGAGAGCGCAAUGACAUUGUACGGCCAUUGGGACCCGGAGACGGCGCAUCACAUGCUGGAGCACGCCCACCAUGGACACAGUCACUCGCACAGUCACGCAGAUCUCGGCAUUCCCAGCAUACACGCAGCUUGGCUAGCGGCGGCCACGAUUCUGGUCAAGGAAUGGUUAUACCAAGCCACUAUGAAGGUUGCGCGCGAGCGCAAGUCGUCGGUCCUCGCCUCCAAUGCCGUCCACCAUCGCAUCGACAGCUUGACGGGUAUCGUGACGCUCUUUGCGAUUAUCGGUGCCAACGUAAUCGAAAACGCCGCCUGGCUAGAUCCCGUCGGCGGUCUCCUCAUUUCCAUCAUGGUGCUCCAAGCCGGCCUGGGCAACUCCAAGGCAGCCUUCUUGGAGCUGAUAGACCAGAGCCUGGAUGACGAGGUGAAGUCAUCCGUUCGAAAGCAUGCGCAGAGGGCCAUUGCCAACGUCAGCGAAGGACACCAAGCCGAAUUGCGAGACAUUACCGGAACCAAAUCUGGCCCCAACUACCUGGUCGACCUGGAGAUGGCUGUGCCUGGCGCAUGGACCGUCAACGACGUCAAGGAUCUGGAAGACGCCGUUCGCACCCAGGUAGGAGGCAAGGUGCGCGGGGUGAAGCGCAUUCGCGUGCGGUUCGUGUCCCGCGAUGGAGAUGUGAACCGCAAGUUUGACGAGUUCAUCCCGGGCAGCGCUCGGGCGAGUGUUUCCGAGGAAUCAGACCAAGAGGAGGAGCACAACCACGAUCAUGGCCAUGACCAUGACCAUGACCACAAACACAAACAUUAGAGAUACAGCAACCUCGAGUUCCAUGGUAUUUCUGCUCUUGUAUAUAAGCCUUGCAUAUGACAGUAUUAGACCUCAUUGUUUAAUGAUUAUCGUUAUCACUA